AAACGAAAAAAAAAAAGGGGAAAGAGCAGCACCAUCCCUCCAAACUCUUGCAUAGAUAGAUUUGGGUCAAUCGAUGAGACAAAGUAAGAAGAUAUCAAAGAGUUGAGAGUUAGAGCUUCAACCUGAGAUCGCAUCUUCCAUUCUUCCUAUCCAACUCAGAAAUCACUGGAAAGUCGCAUCAUGGAUCCCGGCGCCCGUGUUCGUGCUCGUGCUCGUGCUCGCUGCCCGUGGCUCCUACUCAUCGUCUUCUCAUUCCUCUGUCUUCAAUCCAUGGCUGAUGAUCAUCAUGAUGAUGCUUCUUUGCUCUUCAUCGAUAGCCUUACGCAUCCGUAUCUUCAUUCUCACCAGACUAAUUCAAUGUCAGCCAUGGAAGUUGGUGCAACGGUGUCAAUUUUGCUUGGUCUGGCACCACCACCUAUGCUUUCAACUACCAGUUCAUCUAAGUUGAAUGAACUCCUGUUGCCUAAUCCCUUUGAUAGGCCACGCCAUGUUUUCAUGCUUGAAAUUGGGCUUGCUCAAGAUUCUCAAGAAGUGGUUUAUCCUAAUGAUGCUCUGUUUAGAAGUGCUAUCAAGAGCAAGGUGGUUAGGAAUGCUGGUAGUGUUGAAAUUGAACUUCCAGAUAGAGGAGUCUCUUUUUUCUCGUUGGAUGGACCAGAUGUUACUGACAAAGAUCUAAGUGAUUUCGCAUCUAGUUUUGGUGGCUCCUAUGUGUCAGAUAAUCUGGAAUCCUUAAAUGGAGAAUUGAUUAUCCCCUUACCUAGCGGGUUUAAAAUGAAUCUUCACAUGUCAAAGAACGCUGACAGGAAAUUUGCCUCUGGUUUGGUCUACCUAAUUGACAACAUUAAGAAGGUUACAGAGAUGACGAAAGAUUUGUCUCAAAGUACUUUGGAUUAUGCUGAACUAGUGGGAGGAUAUUUUGAGGGCGUUAAGGCUCUGCAAGAAGAGUAUGGGUCCAAAGACGUUGCACAGCAAGGCAUGGAAUUGCUACUUACUACAGUAUCCAAAGCUGUUGAGAAUCUACAAGAAAGAUAUGAAGGUGAAAUUGUCGCCAUCGUCCUUUUCAGCAAGACACAGUCUUUUCUGCCACAAAGGAUGCUCGAUGUGACCUAUAUUUCAAGGCCUCCCCUACGUUUACUGGAGGAAGUGAAAACUCCGUCCAACGUAACUGCUGCUGCAGAAGUGGCACUGGUUAGACUAACACUUGCAUGGACCACUGGAAUCGUUCUACUCAUUGCAACCUUUAUCGGGGUUUAUCUUCUCAUGAAUAUGGCAGUUACAAGAGACACACUCUUGUAUUCUAAUGUGAAACUUGACUGAGGUGGGCUAUUUACUGUACAUUUGGCAUGCUUGAGGAAGUGAAAGCAGGCCGUGUCUGAAGGUGUAUGUUAAACUGCUGGGACAUUGGGUAGUUUUUGCUUUAUUCUCCGCCGAGUUUCGUGGGGAAACCGUCAGCAUUUUGGAGGAUUUGGAUUCUCCCUGCAUUGGGGAUUUUGACAAAACUAGCUUGUUUAAUUUGAUAGUGUUGUCCAAUAUUUAUAUUUUGUUGAGUGCCUCGGUGCGGGGUCUGAAUAAGAAUACAGAAGAGUACUGUAUAUUGUAUAAAAGCAUGCGUCUGCGUCUGCCUUAAUCUUUCAAAAGAAGAAGAAAACAUGCCUCUCCUUCAA